UUUCCAGGAAAUAUGAAAAUGAAAGGUCGUCGUAGUGAAGGGAAGGGUGGAUCAAGAUCAAACCAGGGUUCUAAUGAUGGGGCAGAUGAUUCUGAUGAAUUCCAAGUGGAAGAUGAUUACUCUGUUGCUCAAACUCCAAUCUACAUGGAUGAUGCAUCUAUUCUCAGAAUGGGAGUGCUUAAAUCAAGUGAAACAUCCCUGAUGAAUAAGCGAAGCAGCAAGGUCCGCGUCUUUGUACGCACCAGGCCGACGGACAAGUUUGCUCAGGAUAUGAUUGAGCUCAAUCCAGAUGGCAAGACUGUCAAUAUCCAUGCCAAGAAAGAUGUAAAGAGAGGCGUGGUCAACAAUCAGAUGUUGGACUGGUCAUUUAAGAUGGAUGGAAUUCUUCAUAAUGCUAGUCAAGAUAAGGUGUAUGAAGAAGUAGCUUCCCCUCUUGUCACACAGCUACUUGAUGGCUAUAAUGGGACAUUAUUGUGUUAUGGUCAGACUGGUGCGGGUAAGACAUACACAAUGACUGGAGCAACCGAGAACUACAAACAGAGAGGAGUCAUCCCCAGGGCUAUAGCACAGGUUUACAAGGAAAUAGAGGAUAGACCAGAGCAAGCGAUCACUGUUCGUAUCAGCUAUUUAGAGAUCUACAACGAGACCAUGUUUGACCUCUUAUCGACCCUGCCUUACAGCAUUCAGGGACUUCCCCAGAUGACGAUCACAGAGGAUGAGUUUGGUAUCAAUAUCAAAGGCUUGAGUGUUCAUCUAGCUCAUAAUGAAGAGGAGGCUCUUAAUCUGCUCUUUGAGGGUGAGACCAACCGUGCCAUCGCCUCUCAUGCUCUGAACAGCGUCUCUUCCAGAUCUCACUGUAUCUUCACCAUCCAUGUGGAAUCAAGAUCCAGAACUGAGUCCAAUGCUAAAUACAUCCGAAGCAAGUUCAACCUGGUUGAUCUCGCUGGCUCAGAGCGGCUUAGCAAGACAGGGUCUGAAGGUAAGACUCAGCAAGAGGCUGUCUACAUCAACAAAUCCUUGACAUUCCUAGAGCAGACGACCAUUGCAUUGGCUGAUCGGAGACGAGAGCAUAUACCGUACAGGCAGACCAAGCUGACACACUGUCUCAAAGAUUCAUUGGGUGGGAAUUGUAACACCAUCAUGAUAGCCAACGUGUGGGGAGAAGCCAAGCAGAUAGAGGAGACCAUCUCAACCAUGCGCUUCGCUACAAGAAUGAUGUGUGUCGCUGUGAAUCCCGCUGUCAACGAGUUCUUUGAUCCGGCAUUGCUGGUCAAGAAACUAGAGAAAGAGAUCAGGCAUUUGAAGCAUGAACUCACUAUGCAUGAUACGCUGGCCAACCGAAGCCAGGUGAGUUACGAGCCACUGUCAGACACUCAACUCUUAGAGGUCAAUAACCAGGUACGACGUUACCUCGAUGGCUCACUGGACGAGAUCGAUAUCGUCAACAUACGACAGAUCCAGAGCAUCUUUGGCACAUUUAAAAGCAUGGUUAGUCAGAUGGACAGUGAGGUUGAAAGUCGUCUAAGGCAGAAGUAUACCAUCAUCGAUCGCAUGGAUCCUAAUGCUGUAGCUGCUGCACAGAAGGCUGGAGUAGUGUUUGAUGAGGAUGGUGGUGCUACGUAUGUAGGAGAGGUUGAUGGACAAGGCUUUGGUAUAGGAGUUGCUCCAGCCUCAUCUAAACCAGCACAUUCAUCUGUUGUGUCGGCGAGAAAGGGAAGAGGAAGGAAAGCUAAGGAAAGGGGAAGCCCUCAACCUAAAGGUGUAUCAAGCCCUUCACCCACCAUGGAACGUGCCUCACCUGUCAGGAAUGGUAACGUUGGACCAGACACUAAAGAGUCUGCAGUCCGCACUGAGACGGCCUCGGUGGCAGGGUCACAGGGCCCAGCAGCAGAGGGCGGUGCACAGGGAAGAGCCACUCCGCCACUCAGGACGGUUGCGUUUGAGGAAUUCAAACAUGAGAAAGGCAAGGAGAUCAACAAGAUACUCGUGGAAAACAAAGACAUCCUGAAGGCCAAGAGGAAAGAUUGCAGAGACUUAGCCAAGUCAAUCAACAUGACCAAGCAAGAGAUUGAUGUAACACGGAAUACUAUUGAGAAACUAAGGCAAGAGAAGGCUGAACAAGGAGACUUUGUGAAUGAGGAAGGUGAGAUGGUGAUUAGCGAGGAGGAGUUUCAGAUGAUCAGGAAACUAAAGGAACUCAAAGCAUCCUACCGUGGUGAUUACGAUGCCCUACGGCAGAUCAAAUCAGAGAUCCAGUACUGUCAGAAGCUUGUAGACCAGUGCAGACAGAGACUUGUUAAUGAAUUUGACAACUGGUACAGUGAAUGUUUCUUGACGACUGAAGAAGGCCAGAGUAGUGCAGUGGCAGGGGUUGGAGCAAGACCAGGAACUCAGUAUGACAUGCCUGAAGAUGAAGGAGAGAAAUUUGAAAGACUUCAAUCAGAGCUUCUCAUGGAGAAUCCUGACUCGGCCUCCUUCUACAAUGCUAAGAUGAGAACCGAUAGACGGCAAAUCUUGGAGAGUGCUGUGAAUCAACCACAACCCCACGCAUCAUCGAACCGUCCAAGAGAUGUAACCUCUCCAACGAUCACCAUCCGCAACAAGCCACCAUCAAUGAUGAUCCUUCAGAACUAGCCGCAUCAACCUAUCUGCCAUGAACGUUAUCAGUUCAACAUAUGCAUGGGACUUGCAGUAGCUACGUGUCCAUUCAGAGUUAUCGAUGCCUCAUAGGUCGCAUAAGCAUUUUCUGAUUGCUUUUAUUUUCAAUAUCUAUAAAUGGUGACAAUAUAAUAAUUAUGGAAUUAUUCUAAUAUUUGGAAGGUUCAAAGAUGAUGUUGAUUAUUCAAGGCGCAUUGAAGACUAAUAAACCACAUUGCAACCAGUUCAAAACUUGAUUUGAUCGUAAACACUUCUAAUCUUGCACAUGAGACUAAUUUGGAAGCUUAAUAGGGUAAAAUAAAGUCAAAUUUCAUUUAUCUUUCAUCUUUAUAUAUGAAAUUCAUCUGUGAUGGGCAAUUGAGUUUUCUUUGUGGUUUAUGAGAAUGAUGUUGCAAUAGUUGAGGUUGUGAAAUUUCCAUUUCUUAGAAAGUCUCUCUGUUACGGUACAUGUAGCAGAUUUCUCACUGUAUAGAAAAAUGUGUGUGUGCAAAAAUCUAGCUUUGCUCAGGAUAGCUAUCAUGUGAACCCGGACGAGGCUACCCUGUUAUUGACAUGGAAAUAAUCAAACCCUAUGAGGACCUGCUCAGAUGUGUAGACUAAAUCCAAAAUAUUUCAAUUCAAUUCAUUCCAAAAGUUAUUGGUCAUGCACAACAAAAAUCAUUCUCUGAAUGUUUUUAUUAAAAGAACAAAAUGUCAAAUGUAAGAGAUGUAGAGGUAGGAUUAUUUCCGAGAUCUGCAUCUGAGUUCCCAUAAAAAUUUGUUGCAACAUUGGAGAUACGUUCUUUCUGGAGUUGUAUAUAAAUGUAUAUAAUAUACAAGUAUAUGUAAAUAAUUUAAUGUAUAUUUGCUUGAAAAAAUCAGAGCUUAAAUAUCUUGUCAAUGUAAGUUUUCUUCAUCUAAAUUAUUAUGUUAUCAUUGGUUACUUUGUGCAGCCUUGCAGCAGAGAAAGCUGAGAUGUAUGGACAUCUGUUCACAUUGACUUUGAAGUUUUAGGAUUUUUUCGUUUAGAAAUAAGUGAUCCAUUAUACAUUCUUUUUACAUGUUUAUGAAUUAAAGGAUAAUGAUGUGAGAUACUAUAUGGUAGGAUUCAUUUAUCACUUGCAUGCAUGUAGCAUAUGUGUAUCUUUAGUAUUGUAAUCAUUGGAGCCAUGCCAAGACUGGAUAUUUCAAAAAUCCAUAUUGACCAUCCUCGUUCCCUUGGUGUAGAUUAUUUCAGACAACUACAAAAAUUAGUCAGUAAAAUUGGUUAGUGAAAUUGGUUAGUAAAAUUAGUUAGUAAAAUCAAGUCUAUUGGCUGCACCAGUGGGGAUUCAGUAGGCAGCAUAAAAAUCUCAAUCUUAAAAAAAAAUCAUGACAUGUUUAAAUUUUGUAAGAUGUUCAAGACAUUUCUCAUACAUUUACAUCUGAUAAAAGUUAUCUUUGAUCCGAGAUUCAACCUUGUACUAAGGGCAAGCCAACCCUGAUAUUAAUAGUUUGCAUUCAUUCAAAGCAGAAUAUUAGAGCUGGAAGCAGUUUAUCGAUGAAUAUUGUAGAAACAUUAAACAAUUGUGGUAAAAGGGUCACUGUGAAAGUCGAUCAAUAUGAAUAUUCAAAUCUAAUUUUGUUGAAAUUGGUAAUGUGAUUGCUCGCAGAAUGUCAAAGAUUUGUUCUCUCUUUACAAAAAUAUAUAGAUAAGGGAAGAGUGAUCUCUGGUAGUUUACAAAGAUAGUUCCAGUACAGUCAGAUCUGUCUUAGCAGUCACCUGUAUAUAGAGACCACCUGUAUAUAGCAGUCACAUGUAUUGUCUCUCUACGGAAUGAAAUAUAUGUUGAAGAACCUGUGUAUAAAGGCCACCUGUCGAUAGUAGCCACAUUUUGUGUGUCCCUUGGCUAGCAUAAAUAGACAGGUUUGACUUUAUAAGAACUUAGAAAUUGGCAGUUUUGAGAAAAUUUAGCAGAC